AUUAAUGAUGUGCAAAUCGUAUUAAAAAUUUCGAUAAUUUCUAUAAUUUAACAAAUUCUACAAUGGCCUGCAAAAAAUUCGGAUUAUCCACAAUAAUUUGGUGUUGGAUGAUUUUAGUGGCCAGUAUGUCUGGCGGUGCGGAAUGCCAAAAUGUAUCUCCCUGCCCCAGGAUUUUCCAAUAUAUUUUUGAUGGUGCAGAUUGGAUUGGACUUUUGGAGAUACCUAGCCCAAUGAUUGGAGAAACGGUCACAAUACAUGUACUUUUGACUAUUAGAGCAGUGCUGCCCACGAAUUACUUUGGGAAAAUCGAACUAGUCUCGACAAGAUCUUUGAUAUUACAAGACAUUCUGGCGCGUAGACCAGUGAGGUACAGGGUGCGAUUUCCUCUGCCAGAUCCGAUACCCAAAUUAUCGGCUAUAAUUUUAAAUGGUCGAACAAUAUGCCAAGGAAGACAAGACGUUGGAGGUGUUGUGACCACCAUAAAGUUGGAACACACAUUAUACACCAAUAACGAUUUUGGACCACCACCUUCAUCCAUGUAUGGUAUGGAACACGAACAAUUUGGACUUCACUUUGGGUCUGACAGCAAUGAGCAAAAUGGAGACAAUGAUCUUUGGUCGUAUGUUAGACCAAGACCUCCGAAUAGACCUGCAAUUUCUCCAAAUCCUCCUUUCAAUCCAACAUUUAAUCCGCAAACUCCGAGUAAUUAUGGUAAUAAUAAUGGGUAUCCUGGAAAUUAUCCAAACCAAAACCAGAACCAAAACCAGUGGAAUGGAGGUAGUGGAGGAUCACAGUUUGGAAGACCUCAAGCUCCGGUGAAUAAUAGACCAACACAAGGAACGAAUCAAUUCCAACCAGGAGUAGAUUGGGGAAACUUAGCACCGCAGAGUACGAGACCAACCAUUGGACAAAAUAAUGGACCACCAUCAACAGCUCGUCCUACAAACCGGCCUCCGGCUUUUAGGCCACCAGUUGCUGGUGUACCACCAAGGAUAGAUCGACCAAAUGUAUUGAACGAAAUGAACUUAAUAUGCGGCCAAUCGGCACCAAGACCCAUCAACCUAGUAGUUGGUGGCGAGAUAACGUCCAAAGGCGACUGGCCUUGGUUGGUAGCACUUUAUGUCGUAACAGACACCGGAUUGAAUUUCAAAUGUGGAUCUACAUUGGUCUCUCGAAGACUUGUUGUGACAGCCGCACACUGCUUAUUCGGAUUGGACAACAGGCAAUUUGAAAAUGAAAAUAUUCUGCUAAUAGUUGGGAGAUACAAUAUCAACGAGUGGACAGAUGAUGCAAUAAGGGCUCCAAUAGAUAGAGCCAUACCUCAUCCAGAUUACAGACCGAAUACUAUAGGAACUGAUGCCGAUAUUGCAUUGUUAAUGUUAAGAAUACGAAUAGAAUUCACAGAUUUUAUAAGACCAAUUUGCCUCUGGCGCGGAUCCAACGAUCUACAACGCGUUAUUGGAAUGAAUGGAACGGUUGUAGGAUGGGGCAGAGACGAAUCAGGCCGGAAAACUACGCCGGAACCGCGGAUGGCCAGAGUCCCAGUUGUUUCUAGGGAAACUUGUUUACUUUCUAAAGAAGAAUUUAGACAUCUCAUUACAUCGAACAGAACAUUCUGUGCCGGAGCAAGGGGCUCCGGUCCCUGCAAUGGUGACUCCGGUGGAGGUCUCAUGUUGCCCCAAGACGGUCGAUGGACAUUGAGGGGCAUUGUCUCGGUUUCUUUGGUCGACCAAAUAACAAAACAAUGCGACGUAAACGAAUUCAUAGUUUUUACAGAUGCUACAGAAUUCCACGAUUGGAUAAUAUCCCAUAUGAUAGAAUAAUUUUUAUAAAAUAAUUUAAUAAGUAUUGCAAUUAUAAUAGUAUAGAAGUAUUUAUAAAUUCCGU